AUGAGGAGUGGUAACGGCUUCGCCAUCUCCUCCAGUUGCCCCGCUAGGAAGUUGGCGGCGCCGGUGGCGGGGCCCAGGCCCAGGUGCACCAGUUUGCUGGUGAAGAAGGUGAAGGCGGCUACAGUGUUCUCCUAUCCCCUCCCCCCCACUGCUGCACCUGCAGCAGGGGGAGGUAGGAGAAGGGGGGGGGGGGGGUUUGUGCAUGGCGCGUGCAGAGGGCAGCAGGGCGCGCGAGGCGCACAGGGCAGCAGGACAGCAGGGCGCAGAGGGCUGCAGGGCAGCAGGGCGCGCGAGGCAAACAGGGCAGCAGGGCGCACAGGGCUGCAGGGCAGCAGGGCGCACAGGGCUGCAGGGCAGCAGGGCGCGCAGGGCUGCAAUGCGCGCAGGGCGCGCAGGGCUGCAGUACGCGCAGGGCGCGCAGGGCUGCAGUGCGCGCAGGGCGCGCAGGGCUGCAGUGCGCGCAGGGCGCACAGGGCUGCAGUGCGCGCAGGGCAGCAGGACAGCAGGGCGCGCAGGGCUGCAGGGCGCACGGGGCGCAGCAGGGCUGCAGGGCGCGCGGGGCGCGCAGGGCAGCAGCAAGGGCUAUCCCCUCCCCCCACUGCUGCACCCGCAGCAGGGGUGGAGGAGAAAGGGGGGGGGGGGGCGGGGGGGGCUGGUGCUGCAGAUCCCCUCCUGCCUCUCUCUGAACCUCCAAGCUCCCCCCCCCUCCCAACACAGGAUCCCCUCCCCCCCACUGCUGCACCCGCAGCAGGGGUGGAGGAGAAAGGGGGGGGGGGGGCGGGGGGGGCUGGUGCUGCAGAUCCCCUCGUGCCUCCCCUGAACCUCCAAGCUCCCCCCCCCUCCCAACACAGGGAGGGGGAGGGGGGAGGGGCGGAGCUGUGCGUGCGACUGCAGGGCACGCGGGCAGGAAGUCAUCACCCCUCUUGCCAUAGCUAG